AUGGCCAACGAGAUCCAACCGGAGCCGCUGUCCCCAUGGCAACUCCCUACUGGCAACGCCAUCGUCAAGGUGCGCGCCAUCAACACUACAACCGACAUGCAGUUGGCAUCUAUCGGCUUUUUCGAACCUGUCAUCCCCGGCCUUGAAACAUUUAGCCUCACGACCUUGGCGUUCCUGUUGGAGCACCCGAACAGCGGUAAGAAGAUCCUUUUUGACGCCGGUUCCCGCAAGGACUUUUGGAACUUCCCACCCGUCGUCUAUGGGCUUCUUCUCGAGGCCGCCGUCGGCUUGAAGGUGGAGAAAAAUGUCAGCGAGAUUUUGGAGGAAAAGGGCAUCGAUUUGAGGCAGAUCAAUGCGGUCGUCUGGAGCCACUGGCACUGGGAUCACUCGGGUGAUAUGUCUCAAUUUCCCGCUUCCACCGAGGUUGUUGUUGGUCCCGGAUUUAAAGAGUCCUUCAUGCCGGGCUAUCCUACAAAUCCCAAGGCAAUGAUGCUAGACUCGGACUUCGAAGGUCGCGAGGUCCGAGAGAUCUCCUUUAGCGAUGAUCACAUCGGACCCUACGAGUCCUACGACUUUUGGGGGGAUGGCAGCCUUUUCCUGCUUAAUGUUCCGGGGCAUGCCGUUGGCCAUAUUGGUGCCCUAGCGCGCACGACACCCGAUACCUGGGUUUUCCUGGGCGGCGACGUAUGCCACUUCAACGGCGUCUUCCGUCCAAGUAUAUACCAACCCAUGCCAGCCGAAAUCCCCGAGGAGGCCCUUGUGAACUCGCCCUUUAUCCCGCCUUGCCCGUGUUCAGUCUUUACUUCUAUACACCCGGACCCGGAGCAUGCGCGAACUAAGCCCUUCCACUCGAUUGCGACAGGCAAGAUAGCACCAACCAUCACCGCAGACCCCGCCACGGCGCAGCUCAGCGUGCAAAAGAUGUUGGAAUACGACGCACAUCCGAAUAUCUUUGUGUGCAUUUCGCACGACCGAGCACUUAUCGACGAACUACCCCUGUUCAACGACUCCCCGGAAAGUGACAUCAAUGACUGGAAAGAAGCUGGAUAUAAGACCAACACUUUCUGGCGCUUCCUGGGAUAUCUGCCAAAGGACGGCAAACAGACUCGACCUCACUUGGUGACCGGGGUAUGGCGAGAAGGGAAAUUGGUUGAUGUUCCAUCCUAA